AUGUUAAGAGAGUAUAAAUUGGUAGUAGUAGGUGGAGGUGGUGUUGGUAAAUCAGCCUUGACCAUUCAAUUGAUCCAAUCGCAUUUUGUUGAUGAAUAUGACCCAACUAUUGAAGAUAGUUACCGCAAACAAUGUACUAUUGAUGGUGAGCAAGUAUUGUUGGAUAUUUUGGACACUGCUGGACAAGAGGAAUAUUCGGCCAUGAGGGAACAAUACAUGAGAACUGGUGAAGGUUUCCUUUUGGUGUAUUCUAUAAAUUCAAGAAACUCGUUGGAGGAAUUGCAAACUUUUUAUGAGCAAAUCUUGAGGGUUAAAGAUAGUGAUCAAGUACCUGUGUUGGUUGUGGGUAAUAAAUGUGAUUUAGAAAUGGAAAGACAAGUUAGUUAUGAAGAGGGUCAAGCUUUGGCUAAUAGUUUUAAUUGUCCAUUUUUAGAAACGUCAGCUAAGUUGAGAAUUAACGUUGAAGAAGCAUUUUUUGAUUUGGUCAAAUAUGUUAGAGCUAGUGAAGAAGCUGAAAGACAACAACGUUUGAAAGACGAGGGUGUGACGCCACAGCAACAAGAGCAACAAAUCAAACAACAAGCACAACAACAACAACAACUGCAACUGCAACAACAACAGCUGCAGCAACUGGUACUGCAGCAACAGCAAUCUAAUGGUGUAGUGGGUGGUGGAGCUACUGGUGCGGGAACCACUACUAGUGGUGGUGUUUCCCCUGGUGGUGGCACAGCACAAAAGUCAAAUGGUGUCGCAGGUCAAAGCAACUCUCGGAAGCAACAAUCACAACAAACUUCUGGUGGUGAAAAGUCUAAAUCAGGAUGUUGUGUGAUAGUUUAA